UUCUUUUAUAAUCUCAUUCCUUUCCUUCCCCGUUUCUAUCUCCCAUCUCCUCUCGACUUGGAGUGUUGAACAAGUAGGCGAAACCCCAUAUCUAGCCCAGUUCAAGGUCCAUUUCCGUCGAACAUGACCCAAGACGUAGAGAUGAAGGAGCUCCCAGCUCCCUCUAAUUCAGCUUCUUCGUCUCCUCCGUCAACUCUCCACCAUUUGAAGGAGAUUGCGUCUCUCAUUGAGACUGGUGCGUAUGCCCGGGAGGUCCGACGAAUUGUGCGUGUGGUCCGACUCACCAUGGCGCUGAGGCGGAAGUUAAAUGCGCAGGUUCUUUCUGCGUUCCUCGUCUUCGCUGUCGCCCCGGGAUCUGAGUUGCACAGUCGGUUGUCCUCGUAUCUUCCGAAGGACGAUGUACAUGACAUGGAUGUUGACACUGCAACAUCCACAACUCAAACUCCUGGCAAACACUCAUUACCAGAGCUGGAGAUUUACUGCUAUUUGCUCAUCCUAAUAUUUCUGAUUGAUCAGAAGAGAUACAAUGAGGCAAAAGCUUGUGCCUCAGCAAGCAUCACCCGACUGAAGAACCUGAAUAGGAGAACUGUUGAUGUCCUAGCAUCCAGGCUCUACUUCUAUUACUCUCUUUGCUAUGAGCUCACUGGAGAUCUUGCUGAAAUUAGAGGUAACCUCCUUGCUCUUCACCGAAUUGCAACCCUGCGGCAUGAUGAGUUGGGUCAGGAAACACUUCUGAACUUGUUGCUUCGCAACUACCUUCAUUACAACUUAUUUGAUCAAGCAGAGAAGCUUAGGUCAAAGGCACCUCGAUUUGAAGCCCAUUCAAAUCAGCAGUUCUGCCGCUACCUCUUUUACCUAGGAAAGAUCAGGACAAUUCAGUUGGAGUAUACAGAUGCAAAAGAAUCCCUCCUACAAGCUGCUCGGAAAGCCCCUGUUGCAGCACUUGGUUUUCGAGUUCAAUGCAACAAGUGGGCUGUCAUCGUUCGCUUACUGCUAGGGGAAAUUCCGGAGAGGACCGUGUUUAUGCAGAAAGGCAUGGAGAAGGCUUUAAGGCCAUAUUUUGAAUUGACAAAUGCUGUACGAAUUGGUGAUCUGGACCUUUUCAGAAAUGUUGCCGAGAAGUUCUCAAGUACCUUCAAUUCAGACCGGACCCAUAAUUUGAUUGUCAGGCUGCGGCACAAUGUCAUAAGGACUGGGCUACGCAACAUCAGUAUAUCUUACUCCCGGAUCUCUCUGGUUGAUGUUGCUAAGAAGUUGAGAUUGGAUUCUGCAAACCCUGUAGCUGAUGCUGAGAGUAUUGUAUCAAAGGCAAUCCGAGAUGGCGCAAUUGAUGCCACUAUUGAUCAUGCAAAUGGAUGGAUGGUAUCCAAGGAGACAGGGGACAUCUACUCUACAAAUGAGCCUCAAUUUGCAUUUAACUCUAGGAUAGCUUUCUGCCUCAAUAUGCAUAAUGAGGCAGUGCGUGCUCUUCGCUUUCCACCAAAUUCUCAUAAAGAGAAAGAAAGUGCAGAGAAGAGGAGGGAGAGGCAACAGCAAGAGCAAGAGCUUGCCAAGCAUAUUGCUGAGGAGGAUGAUGAUGAGUUUUAAUUACACAGUACUUUGAUGCUUUGUGCAAUGCUUUCCCUCAAGUUUUCCUUCUCUUUGAAAAUCCCCCGGCUGUCCGGCUGGAUGCUUGCUUUCUUUUACUGUUUGUUUGACUAUCGUUGGCCUUUUCUUUCAAUCUAUACUAUGUCAUCGGCUUAUUGUUUUAAAUCUGACAGAUUAUACUUCACCAUAUUGAAUUUUAUUCUGAAGUUCCAUAA